AUGUCUGAGAAGUUUGUUCAUGCUGUUUUGAAUCAUGGUGAGCAUUCUGUUGCGUUUCGUGUUAAUACUUUUAUCACCGUUGAUGAAUUGAAGCAUUUUGCAUGUAAGCAGUGGAGUUCUUUGUCCCCUUGGAGUAUACGUUUUUCCUAUAUGGAUACUAAUCAAGUAGUUUUUAUACAAGGUGAUAUACAACUUCAAGGUUUAGUUUUUCUUGUUAUUCAGAUGAACAAUGAAGAUUUCUAUUUGAAUGUUGAUGUGAUUCUGAAGCAUACUGGUUGUAGCACUAGUUCAAGGUCUUUGUCUCGUUCUAAUUCUGGUUGUAGCAGUAGUUCUGGUGCUAGUACUUCAAACUCUUGUGUAAGUGAAAGUCUUAAUCUUGUAAGGGUGGUCGAUCAUGAUGCGGACAAGGCCAAGCCUCUCAUUAUCGAUGAAUGGCGUGAUGUUUUUGACAAUAUUGGUAGAGAAUUUGUGGGUGGUGUUAAAGCUGUAUGGAUUGCUGUUGAUCAGUACAAGAUGUGUACUGGUUACAAGAUUCUUAUUCUUAGAAAUGACAAGACUCGUUUUACUGCGAAGUGCGAAGAAGAUGGUUGUGGUUGGAGGAUUCACUUUGGGCAUGUGAAUGGUGACAUUUCUCGGUUUGUGCUGAAAUAUUCCAACGUUAUUCACAGUAUACAGGGUGAUCCCACUUUAAAACCCAAACAGAUUAUGUCACUCUUUAAGAAGACUUAUGGGUCCAAUAUUAAGUAUCACCAUGCCCCUAGAGGGAAAGAAGCUGUAUUUGAAGAUCAAUAUGGUGACGACGAGAAGUCGUAUAGCGAUUUAAAUUGGUAUGUGAAAGCCAUUGAGCAAACUCAUCCUGAUAGCUUUGUGAAACUUGAAGUUGAUGAAGAAACUGGAAGAUUUAAGCGGGUUUUCAUCUGUUUCGGUGCUUGCAAGCAUAGCUAUUGGUAUCCCGGGCCCAUGAUUUACUUGGACGCUACUUUCCUCACUGGUAGAUUCAGGGGUACUUUGAUGGCUGCAACAUGUGUCAAUGGAAAUGAUGGUUUUUACCCAUAUGCCUUUGCUAUUGUUUUAUCUGAAAACAAAGACAAUUGGUUUUGGUUUCUGGAUAAUCUUCAACAAGUGGUCGAUGAUCGUCCGAUAUGCAAUCUCCCUAUUGGAAAAGGUGAUGUGAAUUACAAUGUCGUUAUUGAUUUGUUUUACAAAGCUGCUUACUUUUACACAACAGCGAACUUUGAAGAAGCUUUACGGGGCAUGCAUGCAAUUGGUUGUGGACAUGUUGCUAAUUAUCUCAGGACCAUUCCAAAGGAGAAAUGGGAAAAUGCAUUUUUCCCUGUAUGCAGAUAUGCUGCCCACUCUUCAUUUAUUGCCGAGUCAUUCAGUAGCUGGAUUCUUGAGUUCAAAAAGCUGCCUGCUUUUGCUCUUCUCGAUGCGAUACGUUUGAAGGUUAUGCAGAUGAAUUCUAAGAGAAGGGUAGAAGGUCUUGAAAAUUUUAACACUAGGCUCACUCCCGUAUACGAGGAUUUACUAAACGAGAACAUCAACAUUGGUCGUACUUGGACUGUUGUUGAGUCUAUGGAAAUAUUGUAUGAAGUCAGGUCUCCCCGCACUCAUUCUGUAGAUCUGUUGGAGAGAACUUGUACGUGUCACAGGUGGAAAGUAAAUGGUUUUCCCUGCGCACAUGCUUGUGAUGCCAUUCAAUCUACAAGGGAGGACUCUACUCAUUUGUUGAGCCAUACUUCACCACUGAAUUGUACAACAUGA